GCCGUGGCAGAUCCACUCUCGGUGGCUUCAUUCCCUCAAGCAUGAUAGAUCCGCAACGUCGAGCUAGUGACAUUAAACUAGCGCUUGUAGGGUGAUAGACCGUUAAUUGCACAUGUUUUUACCCCCAUUCUUGAGCCGUUUGAGAUGUUGAUACUCGUGUUUCAGGCUGAUUUCACGCUAGGUUGUUCUUGUUUGUGAUAUUUCAGGUCCUAGUACGUGAAUGAAGGUUUGGGAGCGAGUUCGGGGUUGAUUGGAAGAAGAUCGGACAUGUGGCGAGACGCUGAGGAAGCCACACGGGUACUCAUAAAACCCACACGGCCGUGUAAGGAACCAAUGUGGCCGUGUGGGAUUUAGCGAGGCUUCACACGGGCAAACUGGAGAUUCCACACGGCCGUGUGUCCCUGGCCGUGUAGGUAGCCUGAAGUCUAUUUAUUCGAAAUGCCCCGUUUUGACACUCACACGGGCAGCUUGGUAAGCCACAUGGCUGUGUGUCCUGCCCGUGUGAGUCGGGAAUUCUGGUUUUACCCCAAUUUCGAGCCACAAGUGAGGGGAUCGACUUUUCAGAGCAAAAACAGAGCCCUAGAGAGAGAAAGUGUAAAGAACACACCCUAGAAGCGAUCUUGGAGCUGUGUUUCAUCAAAUCGAGCUUGGAGAUCAUCAUAGGAGUGAAAAUCAUCAUCCCAGAGCAGAUUCUUCCCAUUGUUAUUAGCAUGACUGCUUUGUAUUAUGUUUUUCUCUCUCUCUCUCUCUCUCUCUAUGGAGUAGACCCUUCUCUCACUUGGGUAUGAAGAACCCUAGUUCCAUGUGUUAGGAUCAUGAUUGUAAUGACUUGGGAUUGUUAUACUGUUUGGUUAUAAUCGAAUGAUGCAUGAUUCAUUGAAUUGAUUGAAGUCUGAUCAGCUUUUCUUGAUUUCCGCUGCAACCUGAGAUAGAUAGAAUCUGAUUAGGUUGUUAGAGCUUCAUCGUUCGGUAGUAGUAGAUUGGUUAUACGAGAGUUAGUCAGUCUACUGCUUUGUACAGGAAUCCAAUUCCAGUAGUGGAGUUCUGUGCUUAUUGCCUCAGCUUUCUAUCUCGGUGAAGACUAGUCGUCUGCCGGGUAGUUAGUUUGAGAGGGCUUGGUCAGCUUAAGAGAUUCCAAGCUACUGUCGGAUCUUCCGCAGUUUAAUCAACAGUAAAUCAACCCAGGGUAAUUACAACUGAGACCUAACUAAGGAGUUAGGGGGAUUCAUUCCGGAGUGACUCUGCCUUUGCUUUAGAACACCGAAUCAUUUCCUGCUUUCUUACUGCUUUUAGUUAAAACCACAAUCAAUCGACUUAGUUGGCUAGAUAAUAGAUAAUCACGGAGUAGGCAGUAGAUCUAGACCCCGGGUUGAUAAUUAGAACUUGCCACUAUUCUGCAUUUCCGGAUUGCGAUUACACUUGGUCGCAGUUUGGUGUUGUGUCGUAGCGUGUCAAGGUUUUGGCGCCGUUGUCGGGGACCCUCUAGGUUAUUGGGGAAACGUGAAAAUUUGUUACUCUAGCUUUUUCUUUAUUUCAUUUUAUCUCUUCCACCUGUGUGCCUUCACGGGUUGCUUCUGCUGAUUGUGUGCAGGUAGUGCAUGACCCGUAGCCAGUCGGGAGAUCUACUACCAUUAGACCAGGAGCUUGAACGAACCUGCAGGAACUUCAAGCGGGCUCUAAAGGCGCGACUGGCUGCGGAGGAGGUGCUAGCACAGCUGCAAAUCGCCAACGAAGAAGAGAUGGGUGAUCCACAGUACCAUGAUGUGGUCCUUCCUAAGGAGCAGACCAUGGGAUACUACUGGACCGCUAGGGCCGCGGACAUGAGGUCUCCCAUUCAACACCCUCAUGUGCCAGCGAAUAAUUUUGAGGUGAGCACUUCUGUCAUCACCAUGCUGCGCGGCUCGGUGGUAUUCCGUGGCAAAGAGGGGGAGUGUCCCCGAUCACAUCUGAGGCAAUUUCACGAGCUCAUCGAUGGAAUCAAGAUAAAUGGGGUCCCAGCCGACACCAUCCAGCUGAGGUACUUCCCAUUUACCCUGGAGGGGCAGGCCAAAGAGUGUCUAGACACUCGACCUCCAGGCUCUAUCACCACGUUCGCCAAUCUGGCGGACAAGUUCCUCACUCGCUACCAUCCCCCGUCCAAGACGGCCGCCCUACAAAAGCAAAUUACCCACUUUGCUCAGGAUGAAGAUGAGACCAUCUGGGAUGCUUGGGAGAGAUACACUAGUCUCUUCCUUAAGUGUCCCAACCAUGGUUUUACCGACGCCUUCAAGGUGGGCACCUUCUACCAUGCCCUCUUCCCGAAAGACAAACAGCUGAUUGACUUGGUCUGUGGCGGGAAUAUGCUCACCAAAACACCGCCACAGCUGAAUCAACUCUUUGAAGAGAUGGCAGAGCAGGGCUAUGACUGGGGAACUGCGAGGCGAUCGAGACGAACACCCGCGCGGGGUGUGCAUGCUGUAGCCACCUAGUCAUCUGAUUUGGUGCAGGUGGUGUCGAAGCUGGUUUCAGCCAUCGACCGCUCUAGGAUGAUUUCAGAUACAGGACAGCACCAGGCGAUGCAAUGCUAGUGGUGCGAGAGCACCCAAUACACUGUGGAAGACUGC